UUCAAUCAUGAAUGGUCGAGGCGAAUGUUUUGAUGAGUGUCGGGACUAAAAAGCUCAUUUUCUGCGGUGUAAAUCACAGCUGCUGCAUCAGCCGCUGUCUUAUUAUGUGCAGUAACAGAUCAGAAACGAAUUUAGUUUGACAAAGCAGGAAACUUCCGGGUAGUUUAUAUCAUUUUCCGCGGCGGCCUAGCUAACGUUAGCUAGCGCUGUGAAGUUGGGACAGUCCUUUGAUUUAACGACCUCACUGUGAGGCCCCUUUUUUAUUUUCCUGACACUACAGCUCCACUGGGAAUUAUUCCAUUAUCUUCCUGGCUAUAAUUAUCAAAAAUUAGCGUACCUUUAAUUGAAGUAAGCUCGUCGGAAAGUGUGAGUGCAGCUUUUUGAGGCCAAACCAAGGAGAAGCAGUUAUCCAUGUCCACGACUUCCUGCAGAUUAAUAACCUUUAACAGCACCAGCAAACAUGUCUUUAGUCGCCUACGGCAGCAGUGAUGACAGUGACUCAGAAGAGACCUCAACCUCUGCAGCACCGGAGAGCAAAGUCAGCUCAGGGGGGCUCUUCUCACUUCUGCCGGCCCCUAAAAAGCAGCCAGGAGGACCCGGUGAACCAAGAAAUGAGACAAAAACCAAUCGGGACAUCACGUCAAACGAUGACCUGGAUCUUCAGCCAUCUAAAGGAGGCAUAUUAUCCAGUCUGCCCAAGCCGAGGAAGCGAACAGAGCCUGUCAAGAUCACCGUGCCACAGAUCCAGAGACGGGAUUCAGACUCUGAUGAUGAUGAUGAUGAACCAGCAAAGAAGAAACUACACCCUCAGGGUUCAGGCCUGUCCUCCCUUCUACCGCAACCCAAAAACCUGAUAGUGAAGGAGACUGACAGACCCUUGAUUCCUCACACACUCACCAAGCGUCAAGAGCCCAAAAAACCCAAACCUGGAACGCCUGCUCAGGGUCUGCUUGGUUCUAGUGCAUCUCCCUCUGCUAUUAAAGCCGCGGCAAAGUCCGCCGCCCUGCAGCUGGCCAGACAAAUAGCCACUGACGACCAGGAUAACGAGGAGGACAUAACCCCACAGAACUACUUUUCUCUGGGCGAGAGCUCCCAGCCUCUCCCUGCAGUCGUCCCAAGCUUAGACCCUGAGCCAGGACCCCCAGUAGAGCCUCUUCCUCUCCCUUUUCCUCUUGCACCUGCCGAUGAGCCGGGUCAGUCAGACGCCCCUCUCGACUUCGGAGGUAACCAUGAGGGAGCUGGUCCAUGGGGAGGUCAAUAUCCGCAGUAUCAGCAGCCCUUGCCAGGCCCAGAAGCUCUCCCUCAGGGAUAUUAUAAUGAGCCAUACUAUGGAGACCCUGACGUCGGAUUGGCAGAAGCUGAAGAGCCUGGAAACUCCGCCAUGUUUGAUGAUGAAGCAUUCAUGCGGCUGCAGGGGAAACGGAAUAGAGGCAAAGAGGAGGUGAAGUUCCUGGAAAUCAAAGGGGAUGACCAGCUGAGUGGCAACCAGCAGUGGAUGACCAAGAGCAUGACAGAGGAGAAGCAGACCCGUCAGUCCUUCAGCAAGAAAAAAGGGGAACAGCCCACAGGGCAACAGCGACGCAAGCAUCAGAUAACAUAUCUCAUUCACCAGGCGAAGGAACGUGAGUUGGAGCUGAAGAACAGCUGGGCAGAUAACAAGCUAUCCCGCAGACAGACGCAGGCCAAAUACGGUUUCUAAAUAUCAGACUGUGGACUCUUGGUGGCAUGUGGAAACCCUGCAUCAGAAACUAGAGUAGAGCUUUCCAGACACCCCCCCCCCCCACAAAGGGAAAACUUGUGUGUGGGAAGAAACUAUACACACCUUUAUAAGAGUUUUUUCCCCCUGCCCUCCUUCCUGUAUUUGUGUUGAAUUGUUAUUAUUCAGUAGAUAUUUUGGUCAAAUGUUCCAUAAAGUGUUACUUCAGCCACAGUCUCUAAACUUCCUUUCACAGUAAUUUACAGUAAAUAUAGGCUCUGUACCUACAAAUAACAAUAUAACUGUGUUUUUAAGGUACCUGUGGCAGAGACGAUGUAACGUGACCCUUAAGAUGCUAUUAUAAAUGUUUUCCUUUCA